CGGCGCGAGAUGAACCGCUUCGGGACGACGGAGCUCGAGAGCUCGAGACGCUUGACGGAAUUUUCACUAUUUUGAAGUUGGCAGUAAUUGUCAACAGUAACGGGUUAAUAUUCUUAAUUUCCUGGUUUUAAAUAGACUUUGUAAUUAGCAAGGUACAAGCUCUUUUAUAAGAAAAAAACUUAUAUGAAAAUAUUCCUUUAUGCAAAGCAGCAAAAAUAAAUAUGACAUUAUUUUAAAAAUGUGUUGAAAAUUGGUAAGAAAAGAAUUGAAAAUGUCAAGAUCAUAUCUUUAUUAUUGCGGUAAAUUAGAUUUUGGUGGGAGGUUUUAUUCCCAUUUUGACAUCAUGAACAAGGACUGUGCAAGUGAAUAUGUAUUUGAAGGAGAAAUAGACACUUCUUUGUGUAAUACUGAUGGACUUGUUAAGAAUGUAAUCGUAGAGGAUGUACAUUCAUUGCCCUGUAAGGAACCGCAGGAAAGUGAGUGUGAGAGGGAGAGCCUUUUCUCGGCAAGUCAUGAAAGCAAGUGCACUGAGCUUCAUGAAGAUUUGAUAGGCAGCAGCAAAUCAGAUUCAGAACUUCCCGAAGGCAUUUCCUUGGAAGAGAAUAAUCAGCGGGAGAAGACUUUAGAUGAUGUCAUGAUCAGGACCUAUGCUGGGUUGUCUCCAGAAUCUGUGCCUGAAUGCCCUUUGACAAGACUUGAAAAUAUUUCUUGUAAUGUACCAGUUUCAGAAGUGGUUGAGGAACCUCGUGCAAACAAAGGGGUUUCUGAAGUCCGUGAUCUUGACAAUCCCAGUAAAGCCAGUGCAGUAGAUACUCCAUAUAUCUGUAAUGAAAAUGUAGUCCAGAGCUGUGAUCCUGUUAGGGAAUCUUGUACAGGUGGCCAGAAGGGCGAGCCAAGCAACAGAGGCAGCUUCAAAGGCAAUAUUGUAACACGCUAUUUUAACAUAGCAGGUCAUAGAGAAUGCCAUAGAAAUCCCAUAGCAGAAUUUGCUGUUGAAGUUAAUGGUGUGACAGUUAUUAUAAAAGAAUUUGCCAGCUCCAUGUCAGGAGGAUCAAAACAACCCACUUUGCAGCAGGUCCACCUCGCAGAAUAUUAAUAAAGACAUUCAGGAAAAGGUCAGCAAACAUGCGAGUCAUAGGACCAACGAGACAAAAACUCCAGUUGAACAAGUUAAUGAAAAAGAAGAAAAUCAGGAACCCAGCCGAGGGGAAACUUCAAGGAAGGGAGAGGAGGGCCCCGUAAAGUGCAACAGGUGCUCCUCUUCACUCAAGUCAAUCGAAGCCAUGAUCCCUCAUUUCCUGAAAGACCACAUCACUACCAAGUGUAUUUUCAAGUGUCCCUUCCCCAAGUGUCCGUCCACUAUUUCCUACAGGACGGCUGCAACCCAUUUAAGAGGGCACGUGCAGGAAGGGGUUUACACAUGCCAACUUUGUUCAUUUUCUACAUGGCACGCCGGAGGAUUUUCACGGCAUGUUGCAGCUCAUAAGUUAGAUGCAUUACAUCCUGCACAUGACUGAAAUUUCAGUACCCUGUAAGUUUCUUAAAUAAGUCACAAAAGGUUGUGAAUAUCAAAGACAAAACAAAAAAGACACACAAGUUAAAUGGGAAGGAAAAUGAAGGCAUCUUCCAAGAUUGAUAUGGAACUUCAUGAUUUAUUUUUUCGGAUUUUACUUUUGAUCUCAGGGAGUAUGACAUGUUUCUGUAUUUCCAUAUUUGUUGGAUUUCAUAUAGGGAAGCACUUUUGUAUUAUAUGUUGACUAUUUAGAUGUAAGGAUUUAAUAGAUUUUUCUUUCUUUGUCAACAUUUCUCAACGAUUCUUUUCUCUCUCUCUCUCUCUCUCUCUCUCUCUCUCUCUCUCUCUCUCUCUCUCUCUCUCUCUCUCUCUCUCUCUCUCUCUCUCUGU